CUAACCUGGCCCUGCAGGAGGCUCGUCUUGUGGUCGCUCAGGCUGAACUCUCUAAAGCUCAGGAGCAGCUGGACUCUAAACAACGAGAGCUCGACGCCGUGCAGGCGCUUUACGACGCCGCCAUGAAGGAGAAGCAGGACCUGGAGGACGACGCCCAGGCCUGCCGCCAAAAGAUGGCCAAUGCCACGGCUCUGAUCGACGGACUGGGAGGAGAGAAGGUCCGUUGGACGGACAGCAGUGUCGGGUUCCAGACGCAGAUCAAACACUUGGUCGGCGACGUCCUUCUGUCCACCGGUUUCCUGUCAUAUGCCGGCCCGUUUAACCAGGAGUACCGCUGCCUCCUGCUGGAGCUGUGGAAGAAGGAGAUGGAGGAGAAGCUCAUUCCCUUCAGUCCUGACUUGAAUGUGAUUGGUCUGCUGGUGGACAACGCCACAGUGAGCGAGUGGAUCCUGCAAGGGUUACCCAGCGACGACCUGUCCAUCCAGAACGGCAUCGUUGUGACGAAGGCUUCACGCUACCCGCUGCUGAUUGACCCCCAGGGUCAGGGCAAGACCUGGAUCCAGAACAGGGAGCGAGAGCAGCAGCUGCAGGUGACGUCUCUCAACCAUAAAUAUUUUCGAACCCACCUGGAGGACAGUCUGUCUCUGGGGCGCCCCCUGCUGCUUGAGGAUGUUGGGGAGGAACUGGACCCAGUUCUGGACAACAUACUGGACAAGAACUACAUCAAGUCUGGAUCCACUUACAAAGUGAAGGUGGGAGAUAAGGAGGUGGACGUGAUGAAGGGCUUCACGCUCUACAUCACCACCAAGCUUGCCAACCCGGCGUACAGCCCCGAGGUCAGCGCCAGGACGGCCGUGGUCGACUUCACCGUCACCCAGCGAGGCCUGGAGGACCAGCUGCUGGGACGAGUCAUUCUGCUGGAGAAACAGGAGCUGGAGGCGGAGCGAGUGAAGCUCCUGGAGGAGGUGACAUCCAACAAGAGGAAGAUGCAGGAGCUGGAGGACAGUCUGUUGUUCAGGCUGACGAGCACGCAGGGCUCCCUGGUGGAGGACCAGUCCCUGAUCGAGGUGCUAAGGGUCACCAAGACCACGGCUCAGGAGGUGAGCGAGAAGCUGUCGGUGGCGGCAGAGACGGAGGUGAAGAUUAACCAGGCCAGGGAGGAGUACCGUCCAGUGGCCACCAGAGGGAGCAUCCUCUACUUCCUGAUCGUGGAGAUGUCACUUGUGAACAUCAUGUACCAGACGUCGCUGCGGCAGUUCCUUGGGCUCUUCGACUCGUCCAUGCAGAACGCUGCCAGGUCGCAGGUCACCUCCAAACGCAUUUGCAACAUCAUCGGCUUCCUCACGUACCAGGUUUACUGUUACUCAGCCAGAGGUCUGUACGAGGAGCACAAGCUGCUCUUCACUCUGCUCUUGGCUCUGAAGAUCGACCUGCAGGCUCGGAACAUCUCCCACCCCGAGGUGCUCACCUUCGUCAAAG